AUACAUCUACUAUGUAGCAUUGAAAUUAAAACACAUGGAUGUAAAAAGUAUAGUAGGUUACGUCAAGUAUUAAAUGUCGACAGCUUUCAUAAAUAAACGCAAAAAAAUUAAUAAUUAAACUUAUUCUUUUGAUCUUAUUUAUUAAAGAAAAUUAGCUGAGUGCAAUAUAUUACAUAUUAAAUUGAUAUUGGAAAUGAUAUUUUUAUAAAACAUUUGAAAUUCGAAAAAACAUAAGUUGUCAUAUGUAAUUGACAGUUUUGAUAACAACAAAUCUAUAGUUUAAGUAAUGAAUUGCAGAACUGUCAAUAUUUUGUGGUAAAUGUAAAGGCCCCACUAUCAUAAAUCAUAAAUUAAAAUCAAACAAAAUACUGAUAAAGAUGUUUUAAUUUAUCAACAAGUUAUGAAGCGCUCUGGUUAUAAAAUUUUUCAAUUGGCAUGCAACAUUUCAAUGGUGGGAAUAAAGUCUUAUCAAAAAGAUUACGACAAAUUAAAUUAUAUUAACUAUGAAUAAUCAAGAUAGAAAUGAAAGUCGAGUUCCGCUUGUAUCUUUACCGGAUUCAUAUUUAGCAUGGGUUGAUGGAGUACAAAAAAUACCUGAUAUUGCUGAUAUAAAUUUGUCAGGUAAAUCUUAUUCAAAUUAUUAUUAUGAACCUAUUUUAUUGUUAGAUAAUUGUCCGAAUUCAGUUGACCUCACUCAUUCGGAGAGACUCAAGAUCGAUGACAUACGGAAUAAUAUUUCUAAGGAAGAUUUUACGUAUGGUGAUUUCAAACAACUUGGGUCUAGUAGUCUAGGAUUCGUUACUGAUGAUAUACGAAGGAAAUUAUGGCCAAAAAUACUAAGAUUAACUGAUGAUGAAUUAAAUUAUGUGGGUGAAGAACUGAAUGAUAUACAUACUCAUAUACCUGAUGAAGUAUAUCAACAAAUAUUAAAAGAUGUAGCUCGUAGUGGCAGUCACCUACCAACUAAUGCAACUGACACUGAGAUGGCUAAUUUUCACAAUGACCUCACAAGGAUAAUUUGCUGGGUUCUUCAUAGACAUCCAAAUAUGAAUUAUUAUCAAGGUUACAACGAUGUAGCAGCGACAAUAUUAAUUGUAAUGGGUUUAAAACCAGGUUUGCAUGUUCUUGAAAAGAUAUCAACAGAAUUUUUGGAAAGAUUUAUGGAGCAAACAAUGGAAAAAGUUAACCAAGAAUUAUUUUUUAUAUUUGCUCUUCUGGAAAGAGUCCAUCCAUCUUUGUUAGAACAUCUUGAAAACGUAGAAUUAUUUCCACAUUUUGCUUUGGCAGAGUACACAACGUGGUAUGCUCACAAAUAUUCUGAAAACCGAAGUUUAUUGCAUCGGUUAUUCGAUUUUUUUCUUAGCUCUCCGCUGUUAAUGCCUUUGUAUCUUAGUACAAUAAUCGUUGCCCAUAGAGCUAAUGAAAUCUUUAAUACUACACCUGAUAUGGGGCAUACACAUAAAGUGUUGUGUACACUACCCAGUACUUUGCCGUUUGAAGAUUUAUUAACAAAUGCAAAAACUUUAUACCAUGACUAUCCACCUGAAUCAAUAGUUAAGGAUGUACAUGAUUAUGAUAGAAAACGGCGAUGUAAAGAGCAAGAAUGGAAAUUAAAAGCCGAAGCCAGUAGAAAAUAUUCGGAAAAACAACGCCAACUUAAAGUAUCAUUACCAAAAUCAAGACUGCCAUAUCAUUUCAAAAGUUAUCGGACUAUUACUGUCGUUACUAUUUUAGCAAUUGGACUAUAUGCAUUCUUAAAAACAGGUUCCGGAAUCAACUGACAUUAGUUAAUUAUGGUUUUAUUUGUUGAUUUAAGUUUUACACGUUUGUUUUAAAAAAUUUAAUAUUUCUAUACUUGUUUUGAUAAUUAUAAAUGCUUAUAUAAAAUGAAGAUUCUUUUGAACAACCAACUAAAAUAUUUAGUGAAAUUCAGCAUUUCCUCUCGGAAUAUUUGACCAUUCCUGUUUUGCUUUUACGUUGGAUUCAAUUAUCAAUAAAUAAUUAAUUACCUGAUAUUAAAUUUAGUAUGCGACUUAUACAUGUUGUUAAAACGUGCAUUGGGCAAAAACUGUUCAUAAGAUUGUUAAAUUUUAAAAAUAUACUAAUAUAAACAUAAUUAAAAUUUGUCAUAUUAAAUGAACGAUUGAAUAAUCGAAUACACAAUUAAUUGAUAUACUUUGAUAAUUUUUUUUUUUUAUUUACAUACAAAAUUUAUAAUAAUAUAUUCAUAAUAGGCAAGAACAUUUUUUUGAGUAACAUUUUUAUGCAACGCAGUAUUUAAAAACACUGUUUGAAGAAUAUAAUCUGUAAAUAUUGGAAUAAUACAACUUUUCAUAUAUGUUAUUUGUAAAUAUUAUCCUUUAGGUAUCUUUUCACUGUAUUUUAUUAUAACGGUUUUCAAAGUAGGAUUAUUCUUCUAACAUCUGUUUUGUAAUUAUUUUUUUUUUUUUAUAAAAUAAUUUACUUUGAAAAAUUGAAGAGUUAGAUCCAUUUAAAAUACUCUGAUAAAAUAAAGAUACUGGAAAUGUGUGGUCGUCAUCAUUUCAAUACUAUAAUAAUUUUGAGGAAGAAACUAUACGAACUUGUACAAGAUUGCUUACACAAAUUCAUCUCAUAGCGAUAUCAAUUAUGUUCAACAUCAUAAGUACAUUGCUUAUGUUGAUAACUAAUUUGAAA